UUCCUCCACAGGUAGCUGACGUACGCCAGGCCUCCGCCAACAAAAUAUCUCCACAUCGCGCGGCGGAAGCUUGGCAUCAACCCGCGAAACUCACGACCUCUCUAGAGCACACUAACGGAGAGUCCGAUCUCCAUCACGUAAGAGAGCAUUUCCUGUGAGAAGAGCUUAAUUUUGGAGUGGAGGGGUUCGAGGCUGCCGCGCUUUCCCCUCCCCACAGAACGAUUGGUCUGUCCAUCCGGUUGGGUUUGCUAAUGGGAGGCAAGCCAAAGACUCUGACUGGGAGCCAAACACCGGACCAAACGUGGGAUGAAGGAUCGAAUUAUCCCUGCAGCUCAUCGAGAUCUUGGCAGGCCUUAGCAGGGCACUCACCAUCAAUGAGAUACAAAAUGAGAUUUCCAUCUCUUACUUAGCAUGUCCAUCGAGGCCCAUCCUCUCCCUUCGUCUUUGUUUUCUCCCUCCUCUGCAUAUCACUAUUUUCAUAAUGAACUACCUCAGAAAGGUAGGGGCCUGGGUUGCGCCUCCUCCGCAGAAGUCGGAUGAUGGACGUGAUCAGUGGCCCUCAAGAGCAGCCUUUCUAUUAGCUGCUAUGGGUGGUUGUGCAGGACAAGGCAAUCUUCUACGAUACCCUUCUGUUCUCUAUAAUAACUACGGGCUCCAAUGGUUUGUUCCGUACUUGCUCGCCGUAUUCCUCAUCGCCAUUCCGGCUCUGAUUCUGGAGGUUUCGAUUGGCCAAGCGUAUCGCGGUGGUACUGUUAUCGCCUUCAAUAAUGUGAAUAAGAGAUUAAAAGGUGUCGGCAUGGGACCUGUUAUUGUCAGCUUUAUCGUCGUUCAAUACUUCACUGUCAAUUUGGCCUGGAUUAUGAACUAUUUCCGCUGGAGCUUUACUUCACCACUUCCCUGGAAGAACCGAAUCGAAGAUGGUACUAAGCCCCGAUUUUACUGGAAUGACGUUCUCAAAGUUGGCAACGUAACCGCGGGUAGCCUUGCUCCUGACGGCAACUCAGUUGCAGCAUUCCAAGGGUAUCCCGCUAAGGCUGUACUGGGAGAGACCGUUGGAUGGAGUAUCUUUAUCUGGUUCCUAAUCUGGGUUUCCAUCUUCCGUGGAGUUGGUCUCACCGGACGAGUAGUGUACUUCACUAUGGGCCUUCCGGUCGUAACGACUAUUAUCUUCGUUGGUCGGGCUCUAUCUCUUCCUAAUGCCAGCGAGGGUGUUGCUCUUGUAUGGAAAACCUGGAGAAGCGAUCAACUCGCAUCGGGAACCGUUUGGCAAACUGCCGUAGGUCAAGUCUUUUUUUCUACUGGUAUAGGUUUCGGGUACUUCACAUCUUAUGCCAGCUACAAUCAGAAGCACUCCAACGCCGUUAUGGAUGCUAUCUUGAUCUGCGGUAGCAACGUCCUAUUCGAGAACUUUGCCGCCUUUGCCGUUUUUGGCGUUGUUGGAUAUCUACGCAGGUGGCCAGAGGAUGGUGUGCGACUCGGUGCCUUUGUAGUUGGUUUCUUGACCCUCCCGGAAGCCGUCUUGCAAAUGCCGGGGGCUAACUUUUGGGCCGUACUCCUUUUUUUCACUCUCGUGGUUCUCGGCUUCAGCUCAGCCUUCGUUAUGUUAGACGUUGUUGUUACGCUCAUCUGCGAUUCCGGUCUGGUCAAGGCUUCGCGCCCUGUGGUCGUCACUGUUUUAACAGUGAUCUCCUUCCUAAUGUGCAUUCCAUACUGCACGGAGUUUGGUUACCACCUUCUCGAUGGUAUAGACCGCUGGGUCAACAACGUCGCUCUGAUCUUCGUUGUCUGGAGUGAAGUGUCAAGCGCUACUACCGUGUACCGAUGGAAAGAUAUUACGGAUCAAACUGGUCUACCCGCAUUCAUCGUUUACAACGUUGGAUUCUUCGGAGGCCAGCUCUUCGGUAUCAGUUUAGCACAUGGCAUCGGCAAUCCUGGAGCGGGUGCUGGUGCUGGAUUUGGCUUCUGGGCUGUCUGCUCGCUUGUGGCUAUCUUCAUUGCUCGAACACCUGAUGCAUCGGCGCCGAGCUUCUGGAGCCGCAAUGCUUUUGCAUGCAAGUUUUGGUUCCUUGCGUUCUACUCCGGUAAUCAACUCCGCCGUGAUUUAAAUGUCAUCGUUGGCCAAGGAAAGAACUGGAAAAUCCCACCCUUCCUCCCUAUCCUCCUACGCUACCUCUCCGGCCCUGUUCUCGCCAUCAUUUUCUCCUUCGCCUUCCCAGAGUUCCACAAGCUACGCUAUGACCCCAUGAUGAUCGCUGGAUUCAUCUUGUCGAUUCUUACUAUUAUCGUGAUCUUAGCGGGCUGCGUAAUGCCGCGGUACUACGAUGCGUUUAUCCCCGUAAAACGUCGUGCUGAGGGUACCGAGUUAACGGUUGCAAUGGAGACGAAGGGUGAGUUGGCGGGGAGGCCGAUUGGGGAUAUGGUCAAUGCGGAGGGCGGGUUGGUGAGGAGGAGUUUGAGUGAUAAUGAGAAUGUGGAUGAAAAGGGCAUGAAGUAAACGAUGUCGAUUUGAGAUGACCCAUUAACAAAUCUACUGGUUUGAAGACCUCAAGUUUCAAAUAAGGACCACAUUUAGACAGGAAUUCUUCUAGCGCCAC